UCAUACCUCGGCGACGUUAAAAUCAGUCAGCAAGAUGUAUUGCUCCACGUUGGUCGUAAUGUUGUUUCUUCAUGAAUUAUUGUUUCUUACCGGAAUUACUUUGACUAAUUCACAGAAAACUAAUGCACGGCAAACGAGUACUAAGUCACCACCAACAGUUAAUAUUCCUGGACAGGGAACUUUGAUUGGAAAGGAGAUUCCUCUUGCUCGCCCGCAAAAAGUAACAGCGUUUUUGGGGAUACCGUAUGCCCAGCCACCAAUUGGUAAAAAACGUUUCGCGCCACCAGUCACCGAUCCAAUUGUCUCAUGGAGUAAUCCCCGCAAUGCCACUCAAUUCGCGCCGUCUUGUCAUCAAAAUUUAAAGUUAAUUAAACAUCAUGAGAUGCUGUACAGAAAAUUGUUGCCUUCUGAUUGGGAGAAUCCGGGUUAUAGUGAAGAUUGUCUUUAUUUAAAUAUUUACAUUCCUGACGACACAGCACCAACAGAAGGUUGGCCAGUAAUGGUAUGGUUCCACGGUGGUGAUUUUAACACCGGUACUCCGGCCAUGUGGGACGCAACAGUUUUUGUCAACAAGCAAAAGAUUCUCGUGGUGACAGUAGCGUACCGUUUAAACAUCUUCGGAUUUUUUACAACGACCACAGCGGAAGCACCAGGAAACUACGGAAUGUUGGACCAAGUAGCAGCAUUAGAUUGGGUCCAACAGAACAUCCAACACUUCAAUGGCUCGCGUGAUAAUGUUGUGAUAGCCGGUCACAAUGCCGGAGCAAUAAGCGUGGGCUUACAUAUCCUAAGUCCUUUAAGUAAAGGUAAAUUUUCCAAAGCAAUAGUAAUGAGCGGUGAUCCAAUAAGUACCGUACGAACACCAGAAUUAGAAGCACCAAUAGCUGAUCAAGUUGGAGAACGUUUCGGAUGUGUGAUACGUAAUCGCACGCGUUUAAUGGAAUGUUUACGUCGUGCCCAAGCUUCGGUACUACUCAAAGAGACAGCAGACAUUGAAACAUGGGGUCCAAUAAUUGACAUCACAACUACUAAUUCAACUGAUCCAUUUUUACCAAUGCCACCGCGUGAUAUUUUGGAAAUGGGUAAUUUCAAUGCGGUUCCAUUAAUGACAGGCUAUACGAGUAAUGAACAAUCACUUGCUUACAUCGAAACUCUAGAAAGUCCAGAAGAUGAGGGAAAAUUGACGUUCAAUAAAUUUGAUACGUUAAUAAGAGACGAAAUACUUGCGUCUGUCAGUUUGAAUAGCGACAACAGUUCAACUUGUGAAUCAAAACCUCACAUGAUCGCUGACGCUGUUAUAUUUUUUUAUAAACCGUACCCACAUACAGAUGAUACAAGUGUUUAUAGAGAUCGUUAUCUAUCGUUACAGACGGAAAAAAAUUACGCUGCUAGUUUAACUUUAUUGGCCUCACGUGUGUCAAAGCAAAAAGAUACGUUUGUAUAUCGGUUUGACUACAGACCAAUAACACAACUGGUGGUCCGUGAUAUCCCCGAAUGGGCAGGUGUACCUCAUAUGUUUGAAUUACCAUUUGUCUGGGGACUGCCUCACAUGUUUGCAAGCUCAAUACUCUGGCGUAGUAGUGAUAAAAAUUUGGCUGACGUUAUGAUGAUGAUGGUGGGGAAAUUUAUACGAAGUGGUAACCCUUCGCUGGAUAUUGUACAGUGGGAUCCUUUCAAUGAACAGUCACCUGGUAUAUUGACUAUUAAUAGGACUAUCAGUAAGAGCGACGUCAAUGCUAUCGAUCAUAGAAUUUUGGCAUUUUGGAAUGAGUACUACCCGAAUUUAAUUCAAGAGACUACUAAUUUUUGCUGCAAUAACACUAAUUCUGGUGCGGCAGCUAGAAAUUUUCGAUGGGAAUAUUCUCUUAAUUAUAAUGUUAUUGUAAUUGGUACUUUUAUGGUGAUUUAUCUUUAA